AUGAAAAGAAAGGAGUGUGUAAAGGUGGUUGUGAGAGCUAGACCAUUAUCAAGCAAAGAAGUAGAAGAUGGCAGAAGGAGAAUAGUAGAAGUAGACACAACCAGAAAAGAAAUCAUUAUUUAAAAUAUAAAAGGAGAUGGCAAUGAAGCACAAAGAUCAUUUGUUUUUGAUGAAGUUUUUGAUAUGAAUUCACAACAAGAACAAGUCUAUCACAACACAGCCUUGCCCAUAGUUGAAAGUGUCAUGGAUGGUUACAAUGGUACUGUCUUUGCCUAUGGAUAAACAGGUACUGGCAAAACUCAUACCAUGGAAGGCAAGAACGAUCCUCCCCAUGAAAGAGGUAUCACUCCCAGAACCUUCGAUCACAUCAUCAAAGUUAUUGAAGGGACACCUAAUAUACAAUUCUUAGUUAGAUGUUCCUAUUUAGAACUCUAUAAUGAGGAAGUCAGGGAUUUGUUGAGUCCAAACCAUCUCACCAAGUUAGAAUUAAGAGAAAAACCAGAACAAGGAGUAUUUGUUAAGGAUCUCUCUAAAAUAGUUGUAAAAUCUGUGGCUGAACUAAAUGAAUGGCUAAAGGCUGGUAGAGCCAAUAGGAAAGUGGGAGAGACUAAAAUGAAUUAAGAAUCCUCUAGGUCUCAUUCAAUAUUCACACUCACCAUUGAAUCAAGUGAAUUUGGAGCAGACUAAUAACAACACAUUAAAUCUGGAAAAUUAAACCUUGUUGAUUUAGCAGGUAGUGAAAGACAAUCAAAGACACAAGCAGUUGGUGUCAGAUUUGAAGAAGCCAUUAAUAUCAACUUGAGUUUAACAACACUUGGUAAUGUUAUCACAUCAUUGGUUGAUGGAAAAAGUCAACAUAUCCCAUACAGAGAUUCCAAAUUGACUCGUCUCUUAUAGGAUUCCUUGGGAGGUAACACUAAGACCGUCAUGGUUGCAAAUAUUGGUCCAGCUGAUUAUAAUUUUGAUGAAACCAUGUCCACUCUCAGAUAUGCCAGCAGAGCUAAGAAAAUUCAAAACAAUCCAAAGAUCAAUGAAGAUCCAAAAGAUGCCAUGAUUAGAGAAUUUUAAGAACAAAUUAAUAAAUUAAAGGAUGAAUUAGCUAGGAAGGCUGGAGGAGUUAUUGGGCCAAAUGGAUAAAUCUAAAAAAUCAAGGAACAAGUUAUUGAAGUGGAGGAUGAUGAAGAACUUACAGAAUUGUAAAAGAAGGCUUAAAAGGAGAAGGCUGACUUAGAAUAAUAGAUUAUGCAAUAGAGAAGACAAAGUACGUUGUAGGAAGAAGAAAAAAAACAAUUGUAAUUGAAAUUAAAGGAGAAAUAGAAGUUGGAGCACAAUCUCAAAAAAGAACAAGAGAACAUGCAAAAGAAACUUUAAGAACUUCAGGAGUAAUUGUUGCAUGGAGAUAAAAUGAAAGAGGAAACUAGAUAAAAAGAAAAGGAUCUAUUAAAAGCAAGAAUGGAGUUGGAGGAGAGAUCAUAAUAAGCCAGAAGACAAGCUGAGGAAUUGGCAAAAAAAGAAGCCAUGUAAAUGGAAUAAGAAUAGAAGUAUAAUUCAACCAAAGAAGAAAUUGAAGCCAAAACAUAAAAGUUAAAUAAUCUAAUCUAAAAAAUUAAGGAAUUAAAAAGUCAAGCUUAGGAGUAGACUUAAUUUAGAUAGAGGUAGAAGGAAGAAUUAAUAGAAGAUAAUAGAGAAUCUCUGAGAUAGUUAAAUCUAAUGAAUCUUAUAAUUGAACAUUUCAUUCCAGAAGAUGAAGAAAAGAGAUUAAAGGAGAAAUUAGAAUUCUCAGAAGAGCAAGAUGAUUGGGUUAUUAAGGAGUUUGAAGCGAAUCCAUUGAAAAAGCCUGCAUCUGCAUUUUUCUUCAAAAGACCCAUUUGCAAUUUUUCUAAAAUGGCAAUCAAUUUCGGAGAUACUAACCCGAGAUUUAGACCAGAAAACAUCUUGCAAACUGAUUUAGAUCUACCCCAAAGAAUGACUGAGGAUUUUUCUCAUGAACCUUCAUAAAAGAUAUAGGAAGUAUUGAAUGUGGCUUUGAAUGAAGAUGAAGAAGAACAACAAAUGAUUUAAAAUGAAAAGCAAGCCAAUGUCUACAUUGAAGAUCCUUCGAUAAUCAACAAGGAAGCCAUAUUGAAUCCUCCAUCUAAUCCCAAUAAAGUUCGCUUGUAAUCGGCAAUCAAGAAAAACGCUAGAAGACCCCAAAGUGGAUUCAAGAAAUGAGAAUCUAUUAUAAUACAAAUAUGCAUUAUAGUAUUUCAGA